AUGCCACAGCUUGAGGGAGACGACCUCGCACUCCUUCCACGCCGCGUCGUCGCGUAUGUGUUUCGGGAGCGCAAGUUCGUUAUGCUCGAUAUUCGCGGCCUAAAGAAGAAGGAUCCUGCACCUCAGAACGUCUUCAAAGAUCUUAAGAUCGACCCGGAUCACAAGCGCAUGGUCAGGUCACUGGUAGGAACGCAUUUAGCGGAGCAAGAAAUCCAGAAACAGCGGCUUAAUUUCAGCUUGAAUCAGGACCUGAUUCGAGGAAAGGGUUCGGGGUUGGUCAUUCUCCUACAUGGCGUUCCUAGUGUGGGCAAAACAGCCACAGCUGAGGCUGUUGCUCAAUCCAACAACAAGCCUCUCUUUGUCAUCACAUGCGGUGAUCUUGGCUUUACCCCAAAAGAAGUCGACGCCUCUCUCAAGGAAAAAUUUCGCCUGGCUCAUCUUUGGGGAUGUGUUCUGUUACUUGAUGAGGCUGACGUCUUCUUAUCUCGCCGAGAGGUGAGUGAUUUGAAGCGGAAUGCCCUCGUCUCGGUAUUUCUUCGAGUUCUUGAGUACUACAGUGGCAUUCUCUUCCUCACCACUAAUCGGAUUGGGACGUUAGAUGAGGCUUUCAAAUCCCGCAUCCACGUCAGCCUAUACUACCCACCGCUAGACAAGGCUCAGACCCUGGCAAUCUUCGAAGUCAACGUCCGAAAACUGAAUGAAAUCCAAGAGGCGAAGCAAAAGCUGCAAGAUGAUGGUCAUUCCAGCACCUUCAGAGAACCGGCGCUGGCAAUCGAUGGUGAGUCCAUCAUGGACUAUGCAAAAUGGCACUACGACACCCAUGAGCAGAACGAGAGAUGGAAUGGUAGGCAGAUCCGAAACGCAUUCCAGAUAGCGUACUCUCUUGCACAUUACGAAACGGGGAGAAACUCACAGGGCCAAUGGGACGAGGAUGCCGAACCGAAUAUCAAGAAGGCUAGCAACGGUCCCCGGGCAACACAUACACUAAACUAUCGGCACUUCGUCCUCGUCGCCAAGGCCAUUGAAAAAUUUGAUGACUACCUCUACGAUGCCAUCGCCUGUACUGAUAUGGACCAUGCUAGGGACAAUGGCCUUCGAGCAGAUGACCAUGAUCCCAACAUGUACAACAGACCUGGACCGUCCUCAGCUGCCGAGAACUCGGCGUCCAAUUUAUGCCCCUGCGCCUCGUGCCUGACAGCAGGGAUACGAUCCGCCACGGCCCAGUCCACCUAG